UUGCAAUAUCAUUUAUUUGACUCGGAAGCUACAUAAAAUAAAGCUGUUGGAGUUGAAGGUGGGGUGGUCAGAGAGAGAGGCGACAAGCCCCGGUGUUGAAGUUAGAGCCUUAGAGGUGGUGGUGGUAGUGGUGGUGAGGGAGUAGACCAGAGAGAAAGAAGCAAAUGAAUCCUUGAAUUUGGCCAGGGAAGAGCUAUCAUAUACAGUUCAGACGAUUAGACAAAUGAGAGUUGAAGUUGGUCCUCGUGGUGGCGGCACCACAACAACCUCUGAAGAGCCUCUGAGUCCGGCGGCGCGUGUGUUUCAUGAUCCCAGCUUCAACUGCCACAUCAUCGCAAAAAUGGGGUGCAAAACUAGCAUCGAUCCCGCUGUUUUCAUAGACGGCCUCAAACAUACUUUGAUAAAACACCCUCGUUUCUCAAGUAAACUGGUGGUGAAUGAUGAUAAGAGCCAGAAAAAGAGAUGGGUUCCAACUACUGUAAAUGUUGAAGACCACGUAGUCGUUCCAGAAUUAGACCUGAAAACGGAUUCACCGGACCAAUUUGUUGAAGACUAUAUCUCACAUAUCACCACAGUCCAUAUGGACUUCUCCAAGCCAUUAUGGGAAGUUCACAUUCUCAAUGUCAAAACAUCUGAUGCAGAGGCUCUGGUGGUUUUCAAGAUCCACCAUUCCAUUGGCGAUGGAGCGUCUCUUAUGUCUCUUCUCCUAGCUUGUACGAGAAAAACUUCAGACCCUGAAGCAUUGCCUACAGUUCCGGGGUCAGAGAGGAAAGAUUCGGCGAUGUCAAUUGGGUUUUGGGGGUUCUUAGUAGCUAUUUGGUUAGUAUUGAGACUUGCUUUCAACACUUUGGUGGAUAUAGUGCUAUUUCUUGCAACAUUAUUGUUUUUGAGAGACACAAACACUCCAAUCAAAGGUGCAUCAGGGGUCGAGCUUAAGCCCAAGCGAUUCAUUCACCGGACAGUUAGUCUUGAUGACAUAAAGUUGGUGAAGAAUGCAAUGAACGCGACCAUCAAUGAUGUGUUACUGGGAGUAACGGAGGCCGGUCUCUCCCUAUACAUUAAUCGAAGAUACGGUGAGAAUGAGAAAGACGACAAAGCAACAAAGAAAAGAAUCAAUCUUCCUGAGAGCAUUCGUCUUCGAUCAGCUAUACUAGUUAACAUAAGACCCAGUACAGGAAUUCAGGCUUUGGCUGAUAUGAUGGCGAAGGAGUCCAAGUCCGGAUGGGGUAAUCGGAUCGGAUAUAUUCUCCUCCCCUUCCACAUUGCUUUACAUGAUGACCCAUUAAAGUAUAUUCGAAGUGCUAAACGCACAAUUGAUGGAAAAAAGAUCUCCCUAGAAGCUAUAUGCACUAACUUGGCUGCCACUGUUAUUGCCAAACUAUUCGGAGCCAAGGCAGCUGCAGCCAUAGCUCACAGAGUUCUAUCAAACACCACAUUAUCAUUCUCGAAUGUCGUAGGACCAGUGGAGGAAAUCAGCUUUUCUGGCCAUCCAAUGGCCUACCUUGCUCCCAGUGUCUAUGGACACCCUCAUGCAUUGACGAUGCAUUUCCAGAGCUACACCGAUAAGAUGACGAUUGCUUUAGCCAUUGAUCCGGAAGUUAUUCCUGAUCCUUAUCGGCUUUUCGAUGAUUUGGAGGGAUCUCUUACGGCCAUGAAAGAUGCUGUUGUUCAAAGAGAGCUUAAUUAUAAGAAAGAAGCUGUCAAGUAGAAGAUCGGUUGCCAUUGCAACAUUGUUUUGUUUUUUUUGCCUUUCUAAGAACAUAACAAAGAUAGUGAAAAAGAAGAGAACUUGGAACAUGAUUGUUCCUCCUUUUAAAAAAAUCAAGCAAUGAAAUUCUGCCCUCCAUUGUUGUUGCACCAAAUUUAUUGAAUAUGGAGAAUAUUCUCCCUUGUUCAGCUUGUGCUUAUGGAUUAUCAAGAGCUAAGCAAUACAACAGUCGAACUCUCGCCUCUG